CUCUUCUCCCUUUGUUGUUUUCUCAGUCACCUUCUCUCCGCCUCCCUCAUUUUCUCUAGAAUCCUAAUCCUUUGUUUCUCGCAAUCAUUGGGCUGGUUAAUUCGAAUUCAUCCCGCUAGUGAAAAUUGCUUUUGACAUGGCCACAUAUAAGCCGAAGAACAUUCUGAUUACUGGUGCCGCUGGAUUUAUUGCAUCACAUGUUGCCAAUCGGCUCAUCAGGAGCUACCCUGACUACAAAAUUGUUGUGCUUGACAAACUUGAUUACUGUUCGAAUCUGAAGAACCUGAACCCCUCAAAAUCAUCUCCAAACUUUAAGUUUGUGAAGGGAGAUAUUGGCAGUGCCGAUCUUGUCAACUAUCUUCUCAUUACUGAGUCCAUUGACACAAUAAUGCACUUUGCAGCCCAAACCCAUGUUGACAACUCAUUUGGGAAUAGCUUUGAGUUCACCAAGAACAAUAUUUAUGGCACCCAUGUCCUGCUUGAAGCCUGCAAGGUUACUGGCCAGAUUAGGCGGUUCAUCCAUGUCAGUACUGAUGAGGUUUAUGGGGAGACAGAUGAGGAUGCUGUUGUAGGAAACCAUGAAGCUUCUCAGCUCCUCCCUACAAACCCAUACUCUGCAACAAAAGCUGGAGCAGAAAUGCUUGUUAUGGCAUAUGGGAGGUCAUAUGGGUUACCUGUAAUAACAACGCGUGGAAACAAUGUUUAUGGUCCCAACCAGUUUCCUGAAAAAUUGAUUCCAAAGUUUAUCCUCUUGGCAAUGAACGGGAAGCCUCUUCCUAUUCAUGGGGAUGGUUCCAAUGUGAGGAGUUAUUUAUACUGUGAGGAUGUUGCUGAGGCAUUUGAAGUCAUUCUUCACAAGGGUGAAGUUGGCCAUGUGUACAAUGUUGGGACGAAGAAGGAAAGGAGAGUCAUUGAUGUGGCUAAGGAUGUAUGCAAGCUUUUCUCGAUGGAUCCUGAGACAAGCAUCAAGUUUGUGGAGAACAGACCAUUUAAUGACCAGAGGUACUUUCUAGAUGAUCAAAAGCUGAAGAACUUGGGAUGGUCAGAACGAACAACAUGGGAAGAGGGCUUAAAGAAGACUAUAGAUUGGUACACUCAAAAUCCGGAUUGGUGGGGUGAUGUCUCUGGUGCACUGCUUCCACAUCCAAGGAUGCUGAUGAUGCCUGGUGGGAGACAUUUUGAUGGCUCUGAUGAUGGAAAAGCUGCGGCUAGAUUCAGUUAGUUGGAAUAUGCUACAUUUAAUUUAGUUUGAAAAUUUUCAGGAAUUUAUUAAUAAAAAACAAUAGAUAACCAACCUCCAAAAGCUGCAAGUUAGAUUUUUAGUUGGAAGAAAAAUAAUUUAGGUACAAUUUU